UAUAUGUCCCUCCCCUCUUGCUCUUGCAUUCUCUCUGUCUGUCUCCAACGCACAGGCGCAAACUGGCCUCAUUCACACAUCUCACCCCCGGUAAUGUUAUACAUGUUUAUAAUAUGUAUAUAAACACCUCUCGGCAGAAGCCACACCAUCUACAUUUCUUGCGCGAUUGUCUAGUUCUAGUCUGGAUAAAUCAGAAUCAGACGUUUAUCUUUCGUGUGUCACCCAGUCCGAGCACAACGAUGAGGCACAGAGGGCGGGCCUUCCUCUCAUCAUCCCCCCCCCCCUCCUCUCUCUACCACCACCCUUCCAGACGGCAGACCACCCCCACACUGAAAGAGGAAAGGGAGGGUGGGAGGUGAACCACGGCAACCGGCACAUUUACAACUUGCAGCCUACACAAAGAGGGCAGGGGACGGUUCAUGGAAAAGGGUUUGGCUGUUUAACGAGGGACAGUCCUCUGCUUCUGACAACCAUUCACCUGCACUCAUCUCGAGGAAAAGUAAACUUCCAGCAGAGGCAGAUCUGUGCAGCAGAAAGAGAAGACUGUUGGAUUCACACACAUCUUCUUUUUGACCGGACGAGUGCUUCAUGGGUGAAAGAUGACGCUCCAGCUGCCGGGCGGCCGCGCGCCUGAUUCUGUGGAGGUGGGAGACGUUUGCCAGCAGACCCGGUGACUUCCAGCAGCGCCGGAGCCUCCUGCUGAAUGUGGAACGCCGAGGAUGGAAGCUCCACCCAGCGCUGCUUCGAGGCGCUGCAACGACACGCUCAACCCCCACAACCUCAGCCAUCUCUCCUCCUCCCUCACGCUCGCCACCAGCCGCUUCCCCGCCAUCACCAACCAGACCGGGUGAACAGAUUACAGAAUGUUUGUGAAUUUCCGCCGGAUACGAAAAUGCCAGUGUGUGCAGCUGAUGACCACCUGCCUGGUGCUGUCAGUGGUGAUGGUUUGCUGGGAGUCGCUGGACAACAACGUGGUCAGCCACAUCAAGUCCUACUCGUACCGCUACCUUGACAACCACUUCAGCGACAUCAACAAGAGCCUCACCAUCCCACGCGAGCAAGCCAGAAGCUUCAGCAACUUCCGCUACCUGCUGGACCACUCGGAGAAGUGCGCCGGCCGAGACGUCCUCCUCCUCCUCUUCGUCAAAACGUCCCCGGAGAACACCGAGAGGCGAAAAGCCAUCAGAUCCACGUGGGGCAAUGAGACCUACAUCCGAAACGCGCUGGGAGUGACGGUCAAGGUGGUGUUCGCCUUAGGAACACCUCGGGCCACGGCGGGCUUCCAGGAGCUGCUCGUCCACGAGGACCGUCUCAGCGGGGACUUGAUCCAGCAGGACUUUCUCGACUCCUUCCACAACCUGACCCUGAAGCUCAUCCUGCAGUUCCACUGGACGCACAGCCGCUGUGCACACGCUCGCUUCCUCAUGACGGCGGACGACGACAUCUUUGUCCACAUGCCCAACCUGGUGCGCUACCUGCAGCACGUGAGCAGCAGAGGCGUCACGGACUUCUGGGUGGGUCGGGUGCACAGGGGGGCGCCGCCGAUCCGCAGCAAACACAGCAAGUACUACGUGCCCUUUGAGAUGUACCGGUGGCUGUCGUACCCCGACUACACGGCCGGGGCCGGGUACGUCGUCUCCAGGGACGUGGCUGAUCAGAUCUACCAAGCCACGCUGACCCUGAACGCCUCUCUCUACAUCGACGAUGUGUUCAUGGGCAUCUGCGCCAACGCUGUUGGUGUGUCUCCGCAGGAGCACAUCUAUUUCUCAGGUGAGGGCAAAGCGCCCUACCACGUGUGUAUCUACGACCGGAUGAUGACCUCACACGGUCACGUGGAGGAUAUCCAUGACCUGUGGAAGGCAGCGACCCACCCGCAGGUGAAGCAGGAGACUUCUGGACUCGCAGGGAGGCUGUACUGCGCCGCUGUGAAAGUGUCUCUCCUCUGUAAGCCGUACUAUUUUAACACCUAUCCUUGCAAAGCAGCCUUUUUGUAGUUGUGUGUGUGUGUGUGUGUAUGUGUGUGUGUGUGUGUAUGUGUGAGAGAGGGAGGCGUGUGAUAGGUCAAGAUGAAUGGAGGAUCAUUAACGCAAAUAUUGCCUCUGUUCUUUCCGAGUUAAUAUACACCGAUGUGUAUGCAGGCAAAGAGACCAGGUUCAUGGAGUCACUGCUCGUGUGCGUUUUCCAAUCUGGUUUAAUGAUGUAAUAACGCUGGCUUUGCAUUGAUAGCAGAAUGUGGUCAAAUUGUUUCUAAACAUAUGCUGUUUACAUGUAGUUUCAACUCAAACCCCCUGUUCUCACAUAUUAUGUUUCAAUUAUACACUUUUUUAUUUUCCAUUCUUCCUGAUUCUUGGAUUUUAUUUCUGCUGCUGCGACACACACAUCGGUUACAGAACAUCGGAAUCCUAAAGAGGAACCCUUUCUCAUCUAUCAAUGACUUUAAAGGUCAACUGCAGAAGUAACACAUCUGGUGGUUCCUGAUUUAUAAUGAAGAUAUGCAAUCAGUCAGCGAGGAGUCAAAUCUAAAAAGGUUUACAACUCAUGACGUGCAAAAUUCCUCACAUUGAAGUAGAAAAGGUGCGUCAGUGAGAAGACAAGCAGCUUGUGUGCUGAAAAUAAAAAAUGAUGUAAGGAUGAGCAAAAAAGCGACGGCUCUUAAUUGAACAUUUUCUUGUUAUAAGAUAUUUUUUUGUAAUUACAUUUGUGAAAGUUUUUUUAUUUUUAUUCAAUAAAAUCUCUUCCGUGAAAGUCCAA